UUUGGGUGUUCCGGUUAUUCUGAGAAACUCGGAAGAAACAGAAUCCAGCAGGAGAGUACUGAAAAAGCGCAUGAGACAAGUGAAGAAUCCUUUUGGGUUAGAAAUACCUCAUCCUGCAACAGCUUCAGUAACAAAGGGUAUAACACUGACACCUGACUGUCUGGAAGACUGUCGUCUUACAUGCUACUGGGGCUGCAGUGUUCAGAAACUCCACGAAGCAUUGCAGAAACAUGUCUACUGCUUCAGAAUAAAGACUCCUCAGGCACUAGAGGAUGCUCUGUACAGUGAAUACCUCUACCGACAACAGUACUUCAUUAAAAAAAAUGACAAGGAAGAAAAAUAUUGUCAGUUACCAGAAGAUGCUCAAGUUGUCGACUUUGGCCCGGUGCCUAGAUCUCGCUAUCCGUUGGUAGCAUUGUUGACGUUAGCUGAUGAAGAAGACAGAGAAAUAUAUGAUAUUAUUUCAAUGGUGGCUGUAAUUCACAUUCCUGAUGAGAGCUACAGACUUCCCUGCAGAGUAUUAUAUCAGUAUCUACUUCUAGCCCAAGGUCAAUACCAUGAUCUGAAGCAACUCUUCAUGUCUGCAAAUAGUACUGCGCCGUAUUCGAGCGAUACAUUCCCUGGUGAGAAAAGCACCAACAGAAGCUUGCUAGAGAAGGCCGGACUGGCUGAAGAUGAACCAGAAUUGCACGAGGAAAACAGUAAAGACUGUGUCGUCUGCCAGAACGGCACGGUGAACUGGGUGCUCCUGCCCUGCAGGCACACGUGCUUGUGUGAUGGCUGCAUUAAGUAUUUUCAGCAGUGUCCAAUGUGUAGGCAGUUUGUUCAAGAAUCUUUUCCACUUUGUAAUAAAAAGGAGCAAGAUGAAGAUGAAUCAGCCCAUAUCUCGCAAGAUGUUCUUCCUGAAAGAGUUUCUUAA